UUGUCCUCACUGACCAAUCAGAGCUCGAAUUGGCUUCGGAGGAUUCUGUAUAAAUAGCGCGGGGCGCGGUGAGACGCAGCAGAUUUCCAGGAGCUGCCAGGAUCACAGGAGAUCAUGCGUGAGUGCCUUUCUCUUCAUAUUGGCCAGGCCGGUGUGCAGAUCGGCAAUGCCUGCUGGGAGCUGUAUUGCCUGGAGCAUGGCAUCCAGCCGGAUGGACAGAUGCCCAGUGACAAGACCAUCGGAGGAGGGGACGACUCCUUCAACACCUUCUUCAGUGAGACUGGGGCAGGCAAACACGUUCCCCGAGCGGUCUUCAUCGAUCUGGAACCCACUGUGAUCGAUGAGAUCCGCACCGGCACCUACCGACAGCUCUUUCACCCUGAGCAGCUCAUCAGUGGCAAGGAGGACGCAGCGAACAACUACGCCCGGGGCCACUGCUCCGUCGGCAAAGAGAUUGUGGAUCUGGUCUUGGAUCGCGUCCGGAAGGUGGCUGAUCUGUGCACGGGGCUGCAGGGAUUCCUCAUCUUCCACAGUUUCGGGGGUGGCACCGGUUCAGGUUUCACUUCCCUCCUGAUGGAGAGACUCUCCGUUGACUACGGCAAGAAAGCCAAGCUGGAGUUCUCAGUCUACCCUGCCCCCCAGAUCUCCACCGCGGUGGUCGAGCCAUACAACUCAGUGCUUGUCACCCACUGCACCCUCGAGCACUCUGACUGUGCCUUCAUGGUGGACAACGAAGCCAUUUAUGAUGUUUGUCGACGAAACAUCGACAUUGAGCGACCAACCUACACCAACCUCAACCGUCUCAUUGCACAGGUGGUGUCGUCCAUCACGGCGUCACUCCGGUUUGACGGUGCCCUCAAUGUGGACCUGACAGAGUUCCAGACCAAUCUGGUCCCCUAUCCCCGCAUUCACUUCCCUUUGGCAACCUUCGCCCCUCUUAUUUCUGCUGAGAAGGCUUACCAUGAGCAACUCUCAGUGGCUGAGAUCACCAACGCCUGCUUUGAACCAGCCAACCAGAUGGUGAAGUGUGACCCCCGCCAGGGCAAGUACAUGGCAUGCUGCAUGCUGUACCGAGGAGAUGUGGUGCCCAAGGACGUUAACGCUGCCAUUGCCACCAUCAAGACCAAGCGCUCGAUCGCAUUUGUUGACUGGUGCCCAACUGGGUUCAAGGUUGGCAUCAACUACCAGCCCCCGACAGUGGUACCAGGCGGUGACCUGGCAAAGGUGCAGCGGGCCCUCUGUAUGCUGAGCAACACCACUGCCAUUUCCUUGGCUUGGACUCGCCUGAACCUCAAAUUUGACAAGAUGUACGCCAAGCGAGCCUUUGUUCACUGGUACGUGGGAGAGGGUCUGGAGGAAGGGGAGUUCCAAGAUGCACGGGAAGACAUGGCCUCACUCGAGAAGGAUUAUGAAGAGGUGGGGGUCGACUCUGCUUCGCUGGACAGGAAGGGCGAGGAGGAAGAAUAG